AGGCUUGAAAUGUAUCGUAAUGAUGGACAAGGUUGGCCAGAAUCAAUGGCUCAAUCUGAGAGCGGACCCAAUCGGAAUCAAUCUGAGAGCGGACCCACAAUCAGCCCAGUCCGCCACGAGAGCACCGAUGACGGAGCUAAUUGGCGAAAAGGCAUCGCAUAUAAAUUGCCAUGGGCUGCCCUGUUUUUAUUUGUGGUCAUAUUUGGUGCGGCUCUGACAGUAAUUCUGACUGUGGCUCUCACAUCAAAACAGCCAAAGGGCAACGAUGAACUCAGGGUGAUGCAUUUCUCUAUGUACAAGGGAGAUAUGGGAGAUGAGGAGGUGAAGGUACCACCACCACGCUUGCAUUUGGUUUUAAGAGCUAAAAGGGAUAUCGAGGAAAAGUGCAGCCUCAAAAAGAAUGUCAAGAACACGGACAAAGCAAUAAGUGAGAUUGUCAAGAACAAGCCUUCACAGCAAUACAACUUCAUACUCUACGGUGAUUAUAUAGAAGAAAUUGGACCUCUGAAGUCUCUCGAUGCGAUAAAUGCAUUGAAGUCUAUAACGCCAAAGCGUCAAAACAAUACAGGUUUUAACCAAGCUGACGCCAUCAAAACAUUCCUCAGUAAGACGGAUAGAAAGAAGGAUAUAUUGGUGCAUUAUGCUCCAUGCAACUUUACAUACUCCGCGGAUGACCCAGAUAUGAAGGCACUUGCUGAGAUUGUAAAAACCGAGACAGGACUGAGCAAGAAGUUUAGCUUUGUGUCAAACACUAAGAAUUCAUCGGAGGUAGAAAAAACCUUCAAAGCCUUCAACAUCACAGAAGAUGUAAUGAAAAAAAUUGUAAUCAUCGGCUCCGACAAGGAUAUCGCUGAAGAAAUCAAAGAAGAAGGUUAG